AUGCAUUUGCACGACAUUCCCCCGGAGGUGAUUGGCGAGAUCUUGUGUGCUCUACAUGACCCCAAUGAUCUCCGGGCCUUCCUCGCGGCAUCACCAGCCGUGCUCCGGGUGUUCAAUCUCUUUCGAGACCGCAUCCUCCUGUCGGUCUCCCUGAAUGCCAUCGAACCAGAAGUACGCCCCAUUGCACUCGCCAUUCGCCAUGUGCCUUACAUGAAGACGGAUGCGGACAUCAAUCUGCAGCACGGCUUUCUGAACGACUAUUUCGGUGGAAAAAUAUAUGAACCGCCCACUGAAAGCCAAGACAUCAAGUCCUUUUGUGGUCUUGUCUGCCGCAUCCUCUACUUUGUCGACCGCUUUGCCGCCGAAGCAUGGUCUUUGCUUCAUGAUGGGGCCGGUGAUGGUGCGGCCUCGCCGGCCCUGCCGUCACUGGUUCUCUCCCGAGCUGAGCGCACUGCAUUUCAGCAAGGCUUCUUCCUCGUCGAACUCUUUGGUACUGUCUUUCCGUCAUACCGUACUGGCUUUGACGAAUCAGUCAUUGGGACCCACGCACAGAUCGACCAUUUUUUGUCGCGUAUACACCCGUGGGACGUGGAGGCCAUGAUCUCUGUCCUCUUCUAUCAAACUAGGCUCAUCCAUAAGCAUACGCUCCUUGCGGAAGACGACUUUGUUGCGCGGGUCAUGGCCUUACCUACUGCAUACCGCCUCGCCACCAAGUCUCGACCAUCGGGCCGAAAUGCUGUUACCUUUACGAGCCACGAUUGGGAACAUGAGGAUCCCCCGCCAGCAUUCGAAACAGACAUUGAGAGAAGCGAGCGGCGGCUUAAGGACGGAAAUUGGUAUUUUUUUUUCAGGAUGGACUACGAGCGACAUGGAAACGUCAUGUUCUCGAAAGCUCACCGAGUGGUCAAUGAAUUUGUCGCGUAUCUUUCUGUCACGGCCAGCCUGCGAUCGCUGUUUAUGUACAAGCUGGCUCACCGAGACGGAAUCGAGAAGACGAGGCUCGUUACAGGGUCGUAUGUGUGUUUGUGGAAGUCUGGCUUCCUCGACGAUGCGGCGCAGGUGCUUCGACAGAGGCCCGCCUUCGACCAUGACGAUCGUGGUGCGCCAAAGGGGAUGCUCGGAAACGGGUCUGGAUUCAAUCUCUAUCGUCCAAGUCUGCGAACUGAUCGGCCUUGGUAUGACGUUCAGGACGACCGGGCCCUCAACGGCGCCUUACGGGCGAGAGGCUAUGUGUUCUGGGACGCCGACCGCACAAAACAACCUGCCUUCGCGGCCCGUCUUCAGCAGGCGCACGAUUUGCCCCGAGACGAAGUCGCCCGGCUGUACAAUGAAGAGAGCUUUGGUCUGAGCGUGCAGGAGAGGCUGGAAGACAUCGGCCUCUAUCACAACGACCUGUACGACCUUCUGGAUGACACGGAGGGUGAGUCGCUUUACAAUGACAAAUUCAGUCCGUAA